AUGGUAACGGCAAACAAGGCCUAGACUGGGGGCUGCUUCUGCGUUACUACCUCAGCCACCGCGAUGAUUCCCCCAGCGGACUCGCUGCUCAAAUAUGACACCCCGGUGUUGGUGAGCCGGAACACAGAGAAACGGAGUCCCAAAGCUCGGCCACUGAAAGUCAGUCCCCAGCAGCCUGGACCCUCGGGUCCAGUCCCACAACCACCAAAGACCAAGGUCCCCUCAACUUCCUGUGCCCCAGACCCUACAAAGCAGGCAGAAGAAAUCUUGAAUGCCAUCUUGCCUCCAAGGGAGUGGGUGGAAGACACUCAGCUAUGGAUCCAGCAAGUGUCCAGCACUCCCAGUACCCGGAUGGAUGUGGUGCAUCUCCAAGAGCAGUUGGACCUGAAGCUGCAGCAGCGACAGGCCCGUGAGACAGGCAUCUGCCCAGUCCGCAGGGAGCUGUACUCACAGUGCUUCGAUGAGCUGAUCCGCGAGGUCACCAUCAACUGUGCGGAGCGGGGACUGCUGCUGCUUCGAGUCCGGGACGAGAUCCGCAUGACCAUUGCCGCCUACCAGACCUUGUACGAGAGCAGUGUGGCAUUCGGCAUGAGGAAGGCGCUGCAGGCCGAGCAGGGGAAAUCAGACAUGGAGAGGAAAAUUGCAGAAUUGGAAACUGAAAAGAGAGAUCUGGAGAGACAGGUGAACGAGCAGAAGGCGAAAUGUGAGGCCACUGAGAAGCGGGAGAACGAGAGGCGACAGGUGGAGGAGAAAAAGCACAACGAGGAGGUUCAGUUCUUGAAGCGGACGAAUCAACAGUUGAAGGCCCAACUGGAAGGCAUUAUUGCACCCAAGAAGUGA